AUGGACCCCGCAAUGCAGGACUCCCUCGCGGGAGACUUGGGCCCAGAGUUCAAGAAUGCCAAGUGCCUGAAUUUAUGCGAGCUUCAGCUUAUUCUAGGGGACCAGCUCCGUUUGUCCGUCUCCCGCCCGGCAGAGGCGCACAAGCAUCUUGAGCGUGAAGGAGAUCUGCAGCAGUUUGAGCUGGCGCUGUUGGUCAAUCUGCUGCCCCGCACCCCUGACGAAGCCAAGGCACACAUUCCCUCUCUUAUCCGUCUGUCUCCUGCUCGUCUCUCGCGAAUUAUUGACACUUUGGAGGUCUUCAGGGUGCAUGCAUCCUAA